AAUAAAGUGAGCGAUGGAGAUUACGACAGAAAACCAUGUAACCAUUCGUCAAGCAAAGCAGCAGGAGAUCCAAGUUCUAGAAACAUGGAUUAAAGAUAUUGGUUGGGAUUCUUCAACGUAUGACGCGAUUUCACAGCUGAAAAUUGACCCAAACAGCCUUCUGGUUGCAGCUGACAAAGAAGAUAAACCAAUUGGAUUUGGAAGUGUCGUAGCCUGUGGGAAUGGCCUGGUGUAUGUGGGCAACUACAUCGUGCGAGCGGAUCUACGAGGAAAAGGAUUUGGUCGUAUACUUUUUAGAGAUGGAAUAAUGAAACGCCUGGGCAACAGAAAUGGCGUGUUGGACAGCGAACCCGAGAUGGCUGAUACCUACAGGAAAUAUGGCUUCAUUUAUCCAGGUGUACAUACCGUGAGGUUUACAAUAGCAAUUGAUAAUGACAUCAAGUUUAAGCCCAUCCAAGACAACACCAAUAUUCAAGUAAAGCCUCUUGAGAACGACCACUGGCCAGGGAUACUUCAAUACGAUAAAACCGUCUAUCCUACGGUUGACAGAGAAAAGAUACUGCGAGCCUUCUUUGUUGGACCUAAUGUUACGACAUUAGUAGCACUAGAACAAGACAAAGCUGUUGGGUUUGGCAGUUUACAUAAAAAGGAGGAAGGGUUAUUUGGUUUGCGUAGUGUUUUAGCCGAGAACGAAGAGAUAGCUGAGAAGAUUAUACAGAUGUUGUUUCAACAUGCUGCCCAGGGCUCUGCGUGCCAAUUUGUCUUUCCAAAAGGCAAAGGACUACCAACUUGUAUGAAAAGCGCAAGGCAAGGAGAAGAUCUCAUUCGCUUAUUUACCAAAUGCGCCAUUGUUGUUAACACGGAUAAAAUAUGGGCCACUACUGCAAAUAUUGUGUAAACGGUUUUAAGUUUUCAACUAAAGAGUUAUUUUUGAGACUAGUGAAUGCAUAUAUCACAACUUUUUCAUUAUGUUAUAUGUCAUGAUUAUCUGAGAAAUAUGCAAAUGAAGUCUACAUAGUAUUGAAGAUAAUGGUCAUUAUUGUUAUGUACAAUAAGCAGGCGAAAUCUCGAUACAGGUCGGUAUUAACAACACUCGUGGUUAUACGAGGAAAAUCCGUAAAAAAUGCGAUACUAACAAAACACCUAUCCUGUAAAAUGUCCGGUAACCCAAACAUGUUAAGUUUUUUUUAAGGUAACAAAGUAGCUGUUAUUGGUUUAAAGGAACUAGACAGUAGAUUAUACAAGUGCAAGAUAAAAAGGAAUUGUCAACAACUUAAAAUUGAUACCGCUGUGUACAACGCAUGGGAUCUUACUUUCUGAUGUAUCAUAUCGCUUACCACAUAUGUAUCUUUCGCAGUUUUUGCGUAUUUUUUCCAAAUCGAAAUUAACUGGGUUUGUCCACCACGUUUAUCCCAGUUAAUUAUAAGAAAGCGUCGGUAUAUGUAUCUUUCUAAUUACGUGACUCUCACAUGCUAAAUAUUCACACUUUAAACUGGGAAACCAGUAUGCGCUAUUUUUAAACGGGCAAAAUAUUCUUUAAAUCAUGUAAACUUUUGGGACCAACUGGUGUCUAGCCCCUUUAAGUAGUUCAGAUAUGUAUAUUAUCUUUAAAAAAAAGGUGAAUGUUGUCUUUCUGCUUAGUGUUUUGAUCCAGUAUGUAGUGAACUACGUGAACCGUGACGUUGAUUCUUGCACCAUUGCCCUCUCUGAGCAACAGUCAUAUUGAUCACAUUAUAGAAAUUAAUAUUUCACUAUUAAAGUGACACACUUAUUCAAAAUCAAUACAUGCACAUGUAUAACAAACAUAAAGCUUGACUGAUAGACCUUUAUUUUCUUACUAAAUAAUUUAUUUAUGGAAAAUAUUAACUACUGAUAAAAAUAUUGUAACCGUGUAUUUAAUAGCAGAAAGCGAAAAAAUUGGUGAAUGCUAAAAGAUGUUUUAUGCUUAUUUCUUUCAAAUUAAAAUUUGGUAAAAUUCAUAAUAACCAUUGUUUUCGACAUUUAUUUAUUCUUUUUGGAAUAUAAAAUCAAUGUUAUUAAUUGUGGUAAAUCUUAUUUGGGAGUAAGGGUGCAUUUUUUAAAGCAAAGCCUAUUUUGGUCCCACAGAAUUUAUUCUUUACAUAACAGUGUUGCCAAAAUAGUAAUAUGCUAAACAAUUGUAUUACAUGGUGUUUUCUUAAACAAAGCUUUUAUCUGUUAAACGGAUUAACAAUAGUUGAAACCUGUACUUAUGAAUCAAGAAUCAUAAAUGGGGAAUAUUAUUAUUUUGACAAAUACAAAUAGCAAUGACGUAAAAAUGAAGUCGUUUUAAGUUUCAUUUAACGAUAUUGGACAACUGAAAUUGCUUUACUCUCAUAAUUUUAUCUUAAUGGCCUAGUUUAAGGAAUGUUUGGCAUGAUAAUCCCUGCUGUGCGUCUCCUGCUAAUUACACUGGUGUCACAGUAGGGGCCAAUUUCCUGUGUAUUCGUUUAUUGGCUCAGGGCAAUUUAGGGUCCAUUUCUACUAUAAAACUUCCAAAACUGCACAGCAGGAUACUCAGAUCGGAUAUCUGAUAAGAGGGAUCAAGGCAAGAAGAUUAAG